GGUAACAGUGUUGUGUCAAAUGGCAGAACUGCCUAAAACUGUUUGUUUAAUUAUUCUUGAUCCAUUUUAUUUACCUGGUUCAGACAGCAGGGGGCUGCACAUGUGGCUUAUGGCACUGAUUGGGUUUUAAAAGCAGUUUUACCAUCCAAAGACACACAGCCUGAGAUAUAUUCACAAUCAAGAGACGAGUUCACAGUCCAGACAGACAUUGAAGAGUAGAUCAGAUACUACCGAUCAGGUAUGUUGACAAACCCUCCUACCUUCUCCAACGCCACUUCACAUCUCUCUUCUGUAACCAUCUUUGGUUGCCUGCAGUUCUGCUGGAGCACAAGAGCUGGUACUUUAAGCAUCACCGUCCUCACCAUUUUGAACAACCUCUUUCUCCUCCCUCUUUGUAUCUCUGUACUCUACGUGGGUCUUAAGCGAUGGCGGCAGCAGGGCAAAGGAAUGCCAUUGAGUCACUCCAACAUCCUUACCUACCAUAUAGUCAUACUGGAACUGAUGAAUGUCUUAGGGUCUACCCUAAGUUGUUUUGGUGUCCACACAAAUAUUACCACAAUGGAGGCUGUAGGCAUUUACUUUUUAGCCAACGUCUUUUCUGGACAGAUGAUGUUUCAUAUCCUGACUUGUGUGGAACGAUAUCUGGCUGUAGUUCACCCCAUUACCUACGUAGCCCUAAAGAGUGCAAAAGGCAUCAGACUGAGAAACAUCACAAUCAGUUGCGUUUGGCUGACUUGCCUCAUUGGCAUGGGCUACCUGUCUUUACCAGAUGAAAGAAUUCUUAUGCUUCUAUCAUUUUGUAUGGUACCAGUUGCUCUAGCUUUUAUCUCCUUCUGCAGCAUCUCGGUACUUUGUGUUCUGAUUCGUCCUGGGCCUGGCAGUAGAGGUGGAAACAGACAGAAGGUUGACCAGUCCAAAGUGAGGGCAUUUCAUACCAUUAUGACCAUAUUAUCACUGCUGCUGAUAAGAUUUGGGGGUCAUAUUUGUGUGAAUGCUCUGUAUGAUCCAGAGCAUUUGAGUAAUGGUAAUACUUGUGCCAUUUGGCUAGCUGAAUCCUGGUUCUGCCUGCCUACUGGCCUGAUGUUGCCCUUGCUGUUUCUAUACAGAGCAAGAAAAAUACCAAUUUGCAGGCCCAAACAAUAAAUCUGCAAAAGGAUCAAAUCAGAUUCUUUGCAGUAAUUUUUGAAAGCGCUACCUCUGCAUGGCACUUAAAUGUUGAUUUCAUAAUAAACUACAUUUCAGCAGAUAUGGUAUUGAAGAAUCAAACUGCAGUCUAGCAUAUAGACAACAUAUAGUGUCAGUUUACUGUUGUGUUGAAGAAUCCAGAUGAAACACCAGCAAAAAACAAAACAAAACAAUUGUUACCUGCAAUGCAGUAGACAUACAGUAAAUGCCUGAAAUAUGGCUCAGCAACUUUAAAUUUUGGGUUUCUUCUAUGUGCUUUAUUAAUCAAACGACUUUCUGUGUUACUCUUCCCUGAUUAUAUUUUUUUCAUUUUGAAUAUCAAAUCCAGAUUUUAACAGAAAUAAACAUAACUUUAUUUUUUAUUUUUACACAUCCAUAAAUUAAGAACUAAAAAUGUGUCGUUUUAUUUUUCUAAAUAUCUUUAUUUCUAUUAUUUGGAAAAUUUGAGUUAUCCAAUCUCUUGUUUUGUUUGCUUCUCUAAUGUUUCUGUAAAAAAAUAAAGAAUUUAUUUCUAGUGA